UGCGUGGAUAUUAAAUCUAAUGGUUACCAUCGACCAUCUCGCCAUCUGCUCACCACUGUAAUUGUACUGCGAGCCGCUUUGAAAAAUGCUGUACGAUGUGGCCAUCAUUGGAGCAGGCCCAGCCGGACUGGCCGUAGCAGCGAGACUGCGAGAAGCCACACCCUCAGCGCUGUUCACGGAUGACGAGCACUCCCGGUACUGGCGAAGAUUCAGGCGGCGCGAAACAUUCGAGACCGAACAGAAACGUCGCCGGAGAUCGAAUAACAGCAGCGACUCAAGUCAUGAUGAUCCUUCGACGAACAGGUCGAUCGUAGUCCUCGACGCCCACUCCAGCGAAUGGAUGUUUGCAUGGAAAGAGAAAUUUCAAAAACUGCAGAUAGACCACCUCCGGAGCCCACUGUUCUUCCAUCCAGAUCCACGGGAUAGAGACGCUCUUCUGGCGUACUCGCACUUCCACGGCCGGGCGGAUGAUUUGCAGGAGAUCAACAAUGUGGUCGGUAAAGAACUCAGUAAGCAUCAGGCGAAGAAAAAGCGAGAGAAAAAGGUCAUGCGACAUCUGCGGAUCGACGAUAGAGACUCGGACCGAGUGGACUAUUACACGCCGUCAACUGCAGUGUUCCAUGAUUUCUGCGGCGAUAUUGUGGAUAGGUACGAUCUCGGUAACCUGAUUCAACAAGCAAAGGUCGAGAACAUCGACUAUGGCGAUUUGGGCGGGUUGACCAAUGCAGAGGGAUUCACUUUGACCACCGACCAGGGAACCAUUUUCUCGAAGAUCGUUGUUCUUGCGGUUGGACCUGGAUACAAGCCCUCUAUCCCGUUUGACUGCAAUCUCCACUUGGAGAAGAGACGAGGUAGUGUCUGCCAUUGCUUCGAUGGGAACGUCGGCGAGCACUGUUUGCCCAAACACGUGCUUCAGAAAAUCGAUCGAGGACUCCGCACAUCGGUUGUGGUCGUUGGUGGUGGUCUCACCAGCGCUCAGAUCGCGGACCUGGUCAUUCGGCGCGGCGUCACCAAGGUCUGGCUCGUGCUGAGAGGAAAGUACAAGUUGAAGCAUUUCGACGUGGAUCUCGAAUGGGUUUCAAAGGUCAGGAAUCAGCAGAUGGCUGUCUUUUGGUCAGCAGAUAGCGACGAAGAACGCUUCGAGCUGUUGAAACAGGCUCGUGACGGAGGCAGUAUAACGCCUACAUUCGACAAGAUUCUCAAGAGGCAUGCUGCCAAUGACCGCCUUUCAGUCCUGACUCAGGCUCACAUCACGGACGGAGACUGGUGCGGUCACAGUCAAACAUGGUCUCUCGAGUUGUCGCCAAUGCCGGUAGAUUUCCCGCCACGUACUAUCGACCACAUCAUAUACGCUACGGGAGCGGCCCCGAAUAUUGAGAAGGUCGCCUGCAUGCAACACAUGCUGGCAAAGUUUCCAAUGCCUGCGAUCAAUGGGCUGCCGCGACUUACUGAUGACUUGAUGUGGCAUGAAGACGUCCCAUUGUUCCUGACUGGUGGUCUUGCUGGGUUGAGACUCGGUCCGGGAGCUGCGAAUCUUGCUGGAGCGCGACAAGGAGCCGAAAGGGUUGCAUGGAAGGUCGAGGAAUUGCUGGGCGGGGGCCAGAGUUCAUCAAUCGAUAGUGAUGGCCCCGGCCAUAGCGAUUGGAACGGAGGGCAUCAUGGGCAACGUGAGAGUCGUUUCAAUGUCCCGGACAGGAGCGAUUAUACUGGUGGCUUCGUCAACCAGUUCCAGGCUCUGGCGAUGGAUGAUGAUUGAACCAAUUUUUUUUUAGAUGAUUAGAGAGAGACGAUGUUACUACUGUAGUUAUUGCGAGC